AUGAGUAAGAAACCUUAUGUUUUGGCUGUUGGUAGUCUCAUGUAUGCCAUGUUAUGUACCAAGUCAAAUAUCUACUAUGCAGUGAGAGUCGUAAGCCAGUACCAAUCAAAUCUCGCAGUAGAACACUGGACUGCAGUGAAGCAUAUACUCAAAUAUUUAAAUAGAAUGAGGGAUUAUAUGUUGGUGUAUUCCAAUGAGAGUCUUGAAAUCCUUGGUUAUACGGACUUUAAUUUUCAAGCAGAUAUUGAUUCUAAUAAAUCAACAUCAGAAUAUGUAUUUACCCUAAAUGGAGGAGCCAUUUGUUGGAGGAGUGUUAAACAAACCUGUGUUGCUACCUCCGCAACUAAAGCUGAAUAUAUGGCUAUAUCUGAAGCUGCAAAGGAAGAUGUAUGGCUUCAGAAAUUCUUUUUGGAUCUUCAUGUGAUAUCAAGUGCAAAUCGGCCCAUUACCCUUUACUUGAUAACAAUGGGGCUGUAG